CGCUCUCCGUGGGGCUGGCCUCGUUCUGCUCGUUGUCCUCGUACAUAAGCAGCGUUUGGAGAAAAUGUAAAUCAAGUCUAUAAUAGAGAAUCCUUUGCAUAUUUUACAAUUAAAGACAGACUUCCCCAGAUCCUCACAAGAGUUAUUGAUACUUUACAUCGACAUAAGAAUGAAUUUUUUGAAGAACAUGGUGAGGAAUAAAUGUACAGAAUAGGAACUUUUGUUCUCCACAUCUUUCAGAAGGGUGUUGAAGCAGAGAAGAGAGCUAUAUCUUUCCUCUCCAAACUGCGGAAUGAGCUGCAAACAGACAAGCCAGUGACCCCUUUGGAAGAUGAGUUGCCUGAUGCUGCAUUGUGGAACCAAUACCUGGACUACCAACGAAAUUUACCAAAUGGCAAUGGAGAACCAAGUUGGUUUCAGUCCCCUUGGCUGUAUGUAGAGUGUUACAUGUAUCGAAGAAUCCAUGCAGCAUUAGCACAGAACCCACCUAUUGACAACUUUGAUGUAUUCAAAGAAGGAAAGGCUCAAAAUUUCUUUGAAUCCCAAGAAGCUGUUAUUGCCUUAUGCACUUACUUUCAGGAACUUCUUAAGAACAUCAAGGAUCUAGAUGAAAAGCAGCUUCAGGAGGAACUGUUUAAGCUAUUGCAGGUGUCAUUGUGGGGCAAUAAGUGUGACCUUUCUUUUUCAGCUGGUGAAGACAGCUCUCAGAAAUCUAGUCCCUUGCAAUCCCUGGAAAACAUGGCACCUUACAUCUUAGUGAAUGAUAUGGAAAAAGUUUGGUCACUUCUUGUAAAUGCCAAAAAAAGUAGAACAGAAAGAAGUAAUGUUAGAGUUGACAUAAUCCUGGAUAAUGCUGGAUUUGAACUUGUAAGUGAUCUUGUGUUGGCUGAUUUCUUGUUAUCAUCAAAGCUAGCUGAUGAAGUCUAUUUUCAUGGAAAAAGUAUUCCAUGGUAUGUAUCAGAUACCACAAAGCAUGAUUUUAACUGGACUAUUAAACAGCUGGGGUCAGCUAAUCAUAUGUGGAUGUCUAGAUGUGGGAUAAACUGGGAGGGCAAUUUGAAAAAGGGAGUUUGGGUUUUCCAUGACCACAUGUUUUGGACUUUACCACAUGAUUUUUCCAGUAUGAGUGAAGUUGCUCCUGACUUGUAUGCUGAGCUACAGAAGUCAAACCUGCUCCUUUUCAAAGGCGAUCUAAACUAUAGAAAAUUGACAGGAGAUAGAAAAUGGGAAUACAGUGUCACAUUUCAUCAAGCCUUGAAUAAGUUUCAUCCUGCGCCUCUCUGUAGUUUGAGAACACUGAAAUCUGACACUCAGGUUGGCCUGAAACCUGGACAAGGUGAACAAAUUCAGGCUUCUGAACCUGACUGGAUGGUAAGUGGAAAAUACGGGGUAAUUCAGUUUGAUGCUGGUCUCUAGUCAAAUAAUCUGUAAUAUUCUGAAAGAGAGAUAAAGUCUGACUUUAAUUGCUUUCUCUGUUCCAUGCUUGACUUCGGUUGAGAUUUUUUGUUUGUGCUUUUUCUUCCCAAGUGAUUAUUUCUUUUUGUCCUGUGAAAGACUUUAAUGUUGUGCAAAAACUUAUAAACUGUCUUUGUAUACGUAAAUUAAUGUGCAUUUCAAUACAUUUUGUUUUCCUAAUGUCCAAUGUCAGAAGAUCUUUAAGAUGAAUAUUUAGUUGUCCUUAUUAUUUUUUCCUCAUCAGUGAGUAUGAGUUUAAUGAGUGAAAGCUUAACAAGUGAAAAAUUUGCUUCAGAAACAAUUUCCACAGUGCCACAUUAGCGUGGAUUUACUUAUUUCAGAAUAAUUUGUGCUCCACGUCAUUCCAUGCAUUGCAUUAAAGUUACUGUUUUAGAGAAUUCAGAAAUUAAUUGCAGACAGAUUCUUUUGAUGUUUUGAGUGUAGUUUGUGUUACAUUAAGUGAUAAGUUAUUGGGUGACAGCUUGUAAAUAUUCAUGUAGAAUUGGAAAUUGAAUUUCAAUUUUAAAGCACAAGUGAAUGUUGUUAGCUAGUUUGCCUAAGGGAGAGUUGUCCCAUCUGGUACAAAGGUUAGUGGGAGACAGGAUAAUCUUAUUUUAAGAAUAUUGAAGAUACUGUCUAUUUACAAAGCUCUACCAAAAAAGAAGCACACAGAAAAGCCUUCCCAAACAAGAAAUUAAUGAGAGCCAAGCAGUUACAUUAAUUUGAUUUUAGAUUUAAUGCAGGUGGCCUGUCAGCAGCGUAUGUAUGAGAUUCAAGCACUGCUGCUUCCUUCUGUUGAGGUAUUUCUUUUUAUUUUUCAAAUGUAUUUGCUUGGGGGUUUUUGUUUGUUUGUUUGUUUUUUGAGAAGGUUGCCUUAAUUUUCAGGGAGGAUAUACAGCCCCAUUUGCACAGAGAAGUACAGGGUAGAGAAGCAUAUGCCAUACAGGUUAACUGGAGUUGUUAGGUGCCCAUUUCUACUCUUCUACCCUGGUCUCAAAAGCUGCUGCUCAUUAUGUUCAUACAACAGAGAUCUAUACAGUGGAAAAAUAUGUUCCAAAUGCUGAUGCCUUUUAUUAUUUGUGUUUAUUUUCUUCUUAAAUCUGGAAGGGUAUUUUAAGGUUCCAAGGUCAAGUAUUCAAAAACAAAGAUGCAAGGAUUUUUAUGAGGCAGUUGUAGGGAGGGUUAUCAUUUUGAGACCGGGGUUUACUGCUCUCAUCUCCUUUGUAUCCUUGACCUAAUGCUCCUACAGGGUGAAUUCAUCUUUAUCCUUAGGCACCUGAUUGAACUGCAGAAAUUAGAAAUCCAGUCAAGAAAGCUGAAGGUCAGACUGCUGAAGGUUUCUCUGACCAGAGAGAGCUCAGCAGCACUCCAGCUUUAGUGCUUUGAUCAAAUGUGUAAAGGACACUAUGAAUCUGUGCAUUGGAGCCUCAGUGUCCCACCUCUGAAAAUGCUGUUAAAUUGUUUCAAAUGCAUUUUGAAGCAACAGCUUUUGGGUCAAAAACUGAGAGAUGGAAGUUGGGGAAUAAGAACAUAAUACCUUGCUCAGAGAGACAAAAUUGAGGACAAAAUCUGCUUUGCCUGCACUCACAUUGUUUGUAAGGUGUUGACUUAAUUUGCUGGAGAGGUUUAAAAGUGUAUAAUGGACAAGAAGAGAAAGUCACUGUUGAGGCCACCCUUGACAAACAGAUUUGCCUCUUACACAAUCCUUACGCGUGCUAAGAAACUCGAUUUUAGGUUUUUUUUUUUUUAGUUUUGGUUGUUAAUGUGUCCCUGUGCCCAGGGCACUUUCAGGCUGUUACUUCUGAGACCUCAUAAUGCAGACCAGAGAAAAUUAAUAGCAUGAAGUUACGAUAAAUAUAGUUCUACAAAAUACAAAAUCUAUUAGGAGAUGCAGUGGCAUUUGCUCAGUAUUACUGAAUUAUAAAGAUUACUACAAGACAUGAAAUUCUUAGCUUAGCAUGUGAAUGCUAAUGUAUGACAUGAUGUCAUGCUGAAAAAAAAUAGUUCUAUUCUCCAGUUGAUUAAAAGUGCACUUUCCAUCUUUUGCCCCUCACAAAGAGAAGUUUGUGGCAAUACACAGUUGUGACUAUGUGGUUGUGUAAGGAAUGCACAGCCAUAGCUUCCAAAUGCUUGGCUUCUAUAGCUGUAAUUGCAAAGUGCUGUCUCUAGGCAGAACUGAAUUUGCAGCAUGCUUUUAUGUUUGUUGGCUAUAUUUUUGUAAAAUUUUUAUUGAUUAUAUGAAAAAAAGAAAAAAAUAACAUCAGUGUUGCUGUAAAUGCAGUGUUACAGUCCCCCAUGACACCACAAGGUUGUGAAGACAUAUUCCAGUGAGGCACAGUGCUCUGCUGAUGGGUUUGUACAGUUUACUUGAAAAUAGGAAAUGCUUUUGUAGCUAUUCAGUGUUAAUUACUCUUUGUAACACAGCUUCAUGAAAUGGCAGCAUGAACCUAUUGCUUUUAGGUGGAAUUUAAAAACAUAACCUGAAGCAUGUGUUAGAACAAUAGCAUUUGCUAUAAUACAUUUUUUUUACUUGAGUAUUUGAGAAAGUUCCUUCUAUACAUCCGUGUUACAACUGAUUGCCCAAAAUGCUUCUACACUGUAACUCAGGAGCUACUGAUUUGUACAUCCAAAUUUCUGAGAUUUUAAUUUCAUAUGCCGUUUGAAUAUUUAUGGCAAAAUCCAAAGGCAUUUUCAGUAAUUCUGAGGACCACAAAAAAAAAAAGUUUUUUACUUUUUAUUUUUGUCUUCUACCGUUUGAACAACUGUAUUUGUAAGUCAGUUUAAUUGUUGAUGAAAUAGGAGGAAAGUAAUGUCACAGGCAGAGUGAAAGGCAGUACACACAUCUAUCUGAAUACUUGAUAAGUUACCAUGUAAGAUAUCUACAAUAAUUUCUUAUGUAUAUAAGGUUUCUUAAAUUGUUUGAUGUGGAAAAUAAAUUGAUUGUAUAAUUAGAGGCUUGUAAGAAUAUUGAAAUAAAUUAUAUAAUUUUGUGCAAGACAGAUGUUAUACUAUUUCAGUGGCUGGUGAAGCCAGCUUAAAAUAAUUCAGGUCUUAGCUUCUGAUUUUUUUUUUCUUUGAAACAGAAUUUAUGCCUAAACCUGUAAAGCAUAUUGAUUCAGUGAGGUUUUGGAAGAUACAGAUGCAUGAGAUAGGUAUUAUAAAAUGUUCUUCUGUAACAAGACAGGACAAUAAUAAGGAAUUUUCUAAUAUUUACUCUACUUGUACUCCGGUUUAAAUUUCAAAACCUUAAGAAUAAUUGAGAAUCUUUUAAAUGUAUCUGGUAAUUAAUUACUAAGCUUGGUGCAGGUGAUGGUGUCAUUUCCAGAAUCACUUCUAGAACUGAUAGGUGCUCCAUGUGUUGUCAGCAAAAAUGGAAAUAUUUUGGUGUUACUCUUGCUGCAACUAAAAUAUUUCCAAAACACUUCGGUUUACACACCUUGCUGGUGUCCCAAGAACCAUAACUGUUGUUGUUGAAAUACUUUCUUUAAAGUUCAUAGUGUUAUUUGCAUUCAUGGUUAACAGCUUGUUCAUGUGAACAUUUAUCUCCUGUGCUGUCAAACAGCAUAGGAAAAAAGUUUACUCUGUUGCAUGAAAAUUACUCUAUGAAAUGGUUUUAAUCUAAAAAGAAACCCUUAAUUGUGUCUAAAAUAAAAAUUCCAAAAUGGAA